AUUUGGCGGAGCAGCAGCUGCGAAAUUUGGAAACGUUUGGGAGACGCUGAAUGCAACCGUAAAUAACAAACGUUUAACGCAUCUGAGCUAGCAAGCAAACAGGAGCAAAGGCGCCGCUCAACAUGUACAAUGGUAUUGGGUUGACCACGCCGCGAGGCUCCGGCACCAAUGGCCAUGUGCAACGGAAUUGGGCGUUUGUGCGUCCGGGCAAAAAGGACAAGGACUAUCGUGCCGAGGACGAUUCCAAGAAGUUGGACGCACAACUGAAUCGUCCGCCCAACAAAGAGAUACUGGAUCACGAUCGCAAGCGUCGCAUCGAGGUCAAGUGCAUUGAAUUCGAGGAAAUACUAGAGAAACAAGGACGUGCGCCGGAGGACAUUAAAUUGCAGGUGGACUCGUAUCGUCAGAAAUUAAUGGGACAAGGCAAAACCGAUUUGGCAAAGGAUGAAUUUGGACGCGUAGCCGUGCGUGAAACACAUCAAAUAGCUGAGGCACAGCAGCAGAAGAACGCCAAGUUGCGUGAGGCAUUCAACAUAUCCGAGUACUUUGUGGAGGGCAGCAGCUUUGAUAGCGAUCGCAAGGCCAAAGAGGAUUUGGCCAAGAGUGUGGCACUGCAAAAGGAGCUGGACGCACAGCGUGAGAGCCUUGCAGCGGCGGCAGCGGCCGCAGCAGCAGGCAAGGACAAGGAGACGGGCAAACGUUAUGCUCUAUUGCGUACGCCUUCCCGGGAGCGGGAUGAGGCCACAGCUGGCAAGUCGGAUGCCGGAUUGGCCAACAGUGGCGAUGAGCGCGAGCAUGUCUCAAAGUCUGACAAAAAGAAGAAAAAGAAGCGCGCCAGGGAAAGUUCGGCAAGUCCAGAGCGCAAAAAGGACAAGAAGAAAAAGUCCAAGAAGCACAAGAAAGAAAGUAAGUCGAAAAAGAAGAAAUCCCGUAAGCGCAAAUAUAGUGGCAGCGAUAGCGCCGAUAGCGAUAAGGAUAAGGAUUCGGAGGAUGAUGAGGGGAACAGUAGCGAUGCGGAACGUGAGUUGAAGAGCGCACGCAAGAAAGCCAAAAAGGAUAAGAAGAAACGCGAUAAGAAACUAAAGAAGAAGAAUCGCGCACGUGCCAGCUCCACGGACUCGGCGCGUUCCAAUUCCCCAGCGCGUAAGGAGAAGAAAUCGGGCAAAUCUCGUGCUCCGGCUGAAGACAAUGGCACACCACGGGAGAAUCCCUACCGCAGUCGUUCGCCGGAGCGACGCAGGGAUGCGAAGGGACGACGCAAUGAUUCCUCGGUCGACAGUCGCCGUCAUAAGUCAAAGGAGCGACAGGUGGCAACACGAACUCCGCCGCGACGAGAUGCGGAGCGGAAACGUUCCAAGGAGCGACAACGCUCCAAGGAGAGACGACAACGUUCCAAGGAUCGACAGCGCUCCAAGCAGAAGCAGCGACAAAAGUCCAAAGAACGUGAGAGAUCCAAGGAACGACAAAAGUCAAAGGAACGCCAAAGAUCAAAGGAACCAAGGAUCAAGGAAAGACAGCGCUCCAAAGAGCGCAAACGUUCCAAGGACAGAGUGCGCUCCAAGGAGAGACAACAGUCAAUAGAGAAGGAGAGACAGCGAUCAAAGGAGAGAGUGCGCUCCAAGGAGAGAUUGCGCUCUAAAGAGCGAGCACGCUCCAAGGAGAGAUUGCGCUCCAAGUCGAAAGAGAGACAACGUUCCAAAGAGAGACUGCGCUCCAAAGACAGACAAAGAUCGAAGGACAGACAACGCUCUAAGGACAGACGUCGCUCCAAGGAGAGAUUGCGCUCCAAAGAGCGACAACGCUCCAAGGAACGUCCGCGAUCCAAGGAGCGACAACGCAAAGAGCUGUCCAAGGAGCGUCCACAGCGACGUGAACGCAGCAAGGAACGUCGCAACGAGCGUCGUUCCGUGUCGCGUGAGAACCGUAAAAUGGAACGCUAUUCGCGCUCCCGCUCCCGUUCACCAAUCCAAAAGAAGCCACGUAGUCGCUCCAUUGACGCUGUGCCGCCCAAGAAAUCGACGCCCGCUUUUAAUCCCUUCAAGGCAGCCGAGGACACUGUUAAUGACAUACUUGGCACAAAGUCCGUAAUGGUGGAGCUGACAAAGCGCAAGCGUGCAGCAUCCAGCUCCAGCUCAGCAUCGGGCAGCUCCAGCAGCAGCAGUUCCUCCUCCUCCUCCCGCAGCGAGGCGGGCACACCGUCACCCAAAAAGCAGCCGGAGCAGCUGAAGCGGGAAGUGUGCAGUCCGAAAAAGGAACGCGCAACGCCACCAAAGCGCAGCUCCAGAAACAAGGAGAAAGAGAGAGAAAAGGAGAAGGAGAAGGAGAAAGACAGCGCCAAGGAUAAGGGCAACACGCCAAGUCCCAGACCCAACAAACGACGCUCCGGCAGCUCCAAUUCAUCGGAAUUGCGCUACUCGCCGGCGGAACGGAAUCCCGAGCGUUAUCAGGACAUUAUACAGGACAAGAAGCGGGCGAGCAACACAAAACCAGCGCCUGUAGUGCGUCUGCGUGCCCAAAGCGACGAUGGCAGCGAUGCCGAGACGAGCGGAGUCGCCGCUCUCGAGGAUUAUCAGCACACAAAGCGGGAACGCGAGGAAUUGCAAGAGUUGCGCAUGCUGGAACAGCUGAAAUCCGGCAUAGCGGCCAAGGCAAAGCAGAAGCACAAAACGCUGGAGAAGAAUGGCAGCGAUGCCAAGGAUGUUGCUGGUGCCGAGGGCAGCGAACCUUUGGUUGCGGCACUCGCGGACAGCACGCUGGUGGAUGCCAUUGUCUCCAAGGUGUCGACCGCCACAGUCGCUGCCGCUGAGAGUGCGGCGCGUCGCAGUCGCAGCCGCUCGAGACGCAGCAGCCGAAGUAAACGACGCACGAGCAGCGGACGGCAUCAUCAUCGUUCCAACAGCCGCUCCAGAUCACGUUACAGCUCGUCGAGCAGUCGUAGUGGUUCGGGCAGCUCCAGAUCCCGCUCCGGCUCGCAUUCGUCCCGCUCCAGCUGCUCGUCGCGCAGCAGUUCCGGCAGCUCCUCCAGCAGCGGCUCCGGCACAUCACAGUCCGGCUCACGCUCGCCAUCCAUACCCAGACGACGCGGCUCGCCCAGCUUUCUGGACAGACGUCGGAUUACAAGUGCGCGAAAGCGACCUAUACCCUAUCAUCACAAGUCGAACGCGGAGGGGGGUAUUGGCAAUGGCGAUGGCGACGACCAUGUGGACAAUGACGCCUCCAGCUGCUGCUCCAGUUGCUUCAGUCGCGCCAGCUCACCUGGCUCACCUCCAAUUUCCGGCACACCAAUGCACCAUAGUCGAAGUCCAUCGGCGAUUGCUUUUUGAGUGUUACACGAAUCGCUGCGCAAGAUGUGCGGCGAGCUGUGAGGCAAAUCAUCAAAUCAUACUAGUCAGAUAUAUAUAAGUAUAUAUAAAAUUGUCUUAGCUAUGUUGUGUGAAAAUUUCAGCCUCCUGGGCCUUAUGGUCUGGGCUGUGCAUUGAUCAGUCAGUGAGUCAGGACAAAGAGUUUUAUAUAUAUAGUCACCAUAUGCACAGAGACACUCCUAUCCUUUAAGCUAGUUGUUGUGUUUUGUUUUAGACACAUUCCAUAUAACUAAGUUGUAUUAUUGUUUAAACUAGGCGUUUCUAUAACAUUACUGUAGCUAAUUCAUAAUCUAGUCACGACCAGAAAAGUAUAUUAUAAUUAUUAUGCCAAUGAUACUCGAACAUGCUCGAUUAUUUGCUAGUUUUAAGCUGCGUUUUUAAAAAUAAAUAUUAACUAUUAUUUGUUGCCAUUUCAAA